AGUUUUCGAGCCCCGUCGACACUUGCGUGGUGGUGGUCACACUAAAAUUCUUUGGCCUUGUGUGCUUCCUAGGUGCACACGGAGGGUCUCAGUCUCAAACACCCCACGAAAAGUGCGUGGCUUGUUAGCAAACGAUCCGACGCGCGAGAUGCAACGCAGUUAGAAAAAGAGCUCGUGAAAAUCCUGUGAACCCGUGCGCGCGUGAGUGAGAAAAGUGCGAUCGUUCCAGUUUUUCCCCGCACUCGAUCCGGUACCGGUAGGACUGAAGGUGAAAGUGUUGCUCCUGGGCAAUAGCUGCACCCGCCGGGAAUCGGAACGGACACAAAAUGUCGCCCAAACCAGAGGAAGCCAGCAGCAUCCCGGUCGUCCAUGCGGUCGAUGAACGGGAGCUGAACAACAGUAGCGUCAGUUUGGGCAGUCUCAGUGGCAGCAACCUGAAGCUGAACGCCUUCAUCAACAACGCGUUCGUCAGCGAGUGCCCGAUGAAGCUGCGGGAAGACACCACCACCACGAAGGAUGCGCUCCGGAAGGGAACGAAAAACAGCAGUCGCGCCGGAGGUGGUGGCGGCGGCGGAACCGGGGGCGAUGGCCACGCUCCGGGGCGCGCCGGCGCCACGGCCAGCCCGGGCAAAAUGGCGGUGGUGGAGAAGCCGGUCGUCGACUUCGAUGAUCUGCUGCCGCACGUGGGCGAGUUCGGGCGCUACCAGAAGAUCCUCUUCCUGCUGAUGAUCCCGUUCGCGUUCUUCGUGGCGUUCGUGUACUUCUCGCAGAUCUUCAUCACCCUGGUGCCGGAAGAGCACUGGUGCUACGUGCCGGAACUGCAGCAUCUGUCCGUGGAGGAUCGACGGGCACUGGCGAUUCCUGUCGAAGGGUCGCUCGACUUUGGCCCGACUUUGGAGGGUGAAGCCACCAGCUACAGCAAGUGUUCGAUGUAUGCCGUUAACUUCACCGAGGUGCUUGCCAACAACAUACGCAAGCCGGAUCCGUCCUGGCCAACGCAGCCUUGCCGGCACGGCUGGGAGUACAACUACACCGAUGUACCCUAUGCAACGGCCGCCACUGAUUUCGAGUGGGUCUGUGACCAUGCCUAUCUGCCGACGCUGGCCCAGUCUAUCUUCUUUCUGGGCGCGAUCGUCGGUGGGCUGCUGUUCGGCUGGAUUGCCGAUCGGUACGGCCGCAUCCCGGCCCUGGCCGGCUGCAACAUCAUUGGCUUCGCGGCCGGCGUCGCUACCGCAUUCGUCGGUAACUUCUGGCAGUUCAGCCUGUGCCGGUUUCUGGUCGGAUUCGCUUUCGACAACUGCUUCACCAUGAUGUACAUCUUGGUUCUGGAAUACGUUGGACCGAAAUGGCGCACGUUCGUUGCGAACAUGUCCAUCGCGCUGUUCUUUACCACGGCGUCCUGCGCGCUACCGUGGAUUGCGUACUAUCUGGCGGACUGGAAAGUGUUUGCCAUCGUCACCUCGGCACCGCUCGCUUUGGCCAUUUUUACCCCCCUGUUGGUACCGGAAUCGGCAAGAUGGCUCGUUUCGCAGGGUAAGGUUGACAAAGCAAUCGGAAUCCUGAAGAAGUUCGAGAAGAUCAACCGGAAGACGAUCGAUGCCAAAGUGUAUCAAGAGUUUAGCGAUAGUUGCGUGAGACUCCAGGAGGAAGAGGCGGCUAACAGCAACUACUCCGUGCUGGAUCUGUUCAAGACGCCACGCCUGCGCAAAAUCACCAUCCUGCUGAUCACGAUCUGGAUGGCGAUCUCGCUCGUGUUCGACGGGCACGUCCGGAACGUGGGCUCUCUCGGGCUGGACUUGUUCUUCACGUUCACCGUGGCCGCGGCCACGGAGCUGCCGGCCGACACCUUCCUCACUCUGACGCUGGAUCGUUGGGGUCGUCGUUGGUUGGCCUGCGGCACGAUGGUUGCCAGCGGGUUGUUCAGUCUCUUCGCGACCAUGGUGCCAAUGGGUGCCUACUCAGCGACACUCGCCAUCCUGGGGCGCUUCAGUGUGAACAUUUCGUACAACAUUGGGCUACAGUACGCGGCGGAACUGCUACCGACCGUGGUCCGGGCGCAGGGUGUCGCCUUCAUCCACAUCAUGGGCUACGUGGCUAGUAUCGUGGCACCGUUCGUCGUCUAUCUGGCGAACGUGUCGCCCUCGCUACCACUCAUCGUGCUCGGCGUGAUGGGCAUCGUCGGCGGACUGCUGUCCCUUAUGCUGCCCGAAACCCUUGGACACGACCUGCCGCAAACGCUUGCCGAUGGUGAAGAGUUUGGACGUGGGCAAAAGAUUUGGGACUUCCCGUGUCUCACGAAGAAAGUGGAUGACUUCGGCACCUGUGACGAUCUGCCGGUCGAGCGGUUCACGCGGUCCACGUCGAAGACCUCGAUCGGAGCAUCGCUGAGGGCGUCGACACGUGGCGAACUUCGCUCCAGUAUGCUGAACCGAUCGGUGCGAUCGCGCGUUUCCGUGCGCUCGCUGGCCCAGUGCAAGGAGGAACAGAUGUCGGCCGGUGUGUAGGCCACCAUUACGCUCUAUAUUUGUGUAAUGCUUCCUAGUAGACUAGGGCACGUUUUCGAACACUCGGCACCACCGGCCACCGGGGGCCGGGAAUGCCGAGCCGAGGACGACGCGCUAUCAGAGUCUAAAUAUCAUUUUAAUCGGAUAACUUUAAUUCCUCGACUCGGGCGAAAGGGUUACACUGGUGGUACCGAUUCUAGUCAACCGUAUCGGAUGAUUUUUGAAUUAGUACCACAGUGAACCGCACCCAACUGUUAAUAUUCAAAUCGCCAAAUUAUCCUCCCGAGUGCGCCAACCAGAUCGGCAGUAUUUAGUGAGCAAGUCAGCCACCCAGCAGUGGGGGUGAACGGGAACGCAAACUUUCCUUCCACCGAUCGAAGCCAGGAGCGGGAACCGUAACGCGUUUCAUUACAGCAAACCAGCCAUAUUGCAGCAAUCGGAGUGGCCAAACACUUGAGAGAAAAGUAUUAUUAUUUCCUCCGAGUUCGGACAUCGGACGACAGACUUUGUGUUGUUUUACUAUUUUUUGUAUCAGACUGGCGAGACAAGUGGGACCGGGUACGCUGCCCGUCAGGACCUCUCCUUGAUGGUUUUAAGAUUUCGUGAUCAGCACAGCAGCGAGCAGAACGCAGUUCAGGUUUCGAGAAACGAAACCAUGUUUUACCGAAAACCAGGAGAUUUCACAAGCAUUGCGAAGGAAACAGUAGUGUAUGUAGGGCGAGAAAGUUUUAUUUAUUCGCUACAAAACAUUAAGCUCGAAAUAGCUCGUCAGAAUGUGAUACCGAGAAUGCGAGCAAUGGUUGUGAGGGUAACAUUGUGUUAAUUUAUACUCA